CAGCUUUUACAGAACACCAAACCCAACGGUCAAAAAAUGCCAUCCUCUCCGACUCCUCUGUAUCCUUCGACGGGCGACGACCAAAACUGCCACCAUCUCCGACUCCUAGGGCUCUCUCCCUCUGCAGCCUUCGACGGGCGACAACCAACACUGUCUCCUCUUCAUGUCCGAUCUCUUCGAAGUCUCGACCUUCUCUCUCUGGGGCACUUAAUCGCAGUGGUUUUCUCGAUUCUUUUGUUUAAGAAUUAAGGGUUUUUUAAGCCUUCGUGAUGGGUUAUUCGAAUUCUUCAAUUCCGUUUCGGUAUUUAUCGAUAAGAGUUCUGAUUCUUAUUGAUGAAUUUGGUUCUCUUGAAACAAAUCACAUUUAUUUUACUUUCCCUUUGAUAUAAUUACUGGUCUUUAGAUAGUUUGAUCGAUCAUGAAUGGGGCAAAUAUUAGGGUUUAAUCACUUAAUUGGAAUAAAUUCUAACUGGGAAUCUCUGGUGCAGUGUAGGUGCAUUUUUUUUAUGUUAUUUUUUUUAUUGUUUGACAUGAUUUUAGAAGUAGUUCUGUUUCUAACUCGCAAUAAAUUCCUGGAAUUUACAUAUAUCCAGAAGGAAGUUUGCUAAACGUUUCUUCCAGACGGUUUUCUUAGGGUUAUGUGAUUAUCUAUUCUUCAGGCUUCAGCAACUUUGCAAGAAAAUGGAGAUGGGUCAACAAGAGAUGUAUUUUAAGUUUAUUUGCUAGAUUCACCUUGCUUAUUGGGGGAUGAACGAUAUACAUUGAGUCAAAUGGCUCUUUUGAUCCAAAGCAUUAUUAUUCAUCAUUUCUUUUUUUAUUUCCUUUUCAUUUUUUUCUUUUAUAUUCAUUUACCUUGAACUGUAUAAUUCAAUAUGUAGAUUUGAAUUUGUUCUGUAUCUAAUAUUACACAAACCUAUGACUUCAUGGUAAGUAAUGUCACUACAUUGUAUACAUUUUAAUAAUCCAAGUUUGAGAGAUGACAUAACCAUUCAAGGAUAACAUGCAUGUUGAGUAAUCUCUCACUACACAGUAUAAGUAAAAUUUAACCAUAUAAGUUUAAGAGAUAAUAUAACCACUCAAGAGACAACAAGUCUUUAGAAUAAUCUACUAGUCGCUACAAUGUUGAUUGAGAACCUUAUCGUGAGAAGAUGUUUGUACAUGGUAGAAGUGCACAGCUAUUCUACUCUAUCAUACAUUUAGAAAGGGUAGACUUUUUGGAUUUUGAUUGUAAAAGUGCAAUGUAGUAAUCUACUGGUAUAUAUUCUUCCAAUCUCAUUUGAAACUUUUUGAGAUUCAUUUGGUAUCACCUUUUGGGUUUUUCUUCUUUUCUUUCUUUCUUGCUUUCCGUCUUUCUUUCUUUCUAUUUUUUCAUUUUAAAGGGUUCUUUCUCUUCAGCUCAUUUUUCUCCUGGUUUUUUGAAAAAUAACAAGCAACUUCUUGC